AUGUCUCACAAAACUGGUGGCUACUUCUACUAUCGAUACAGCUACAUGUGCCCUUGGACAGACACGGCCGGACAAAGCGGUACAGAUAACACAUACCACUCUGCUGUUUACACUCCGGCGCGGAAGCAAGACCACACAGCGCAAACCACUUGGUACAAUAACACGGCCAUGCCCGCUGUGAAGGCUGAUAUUGAAAAGAAUUUCUACGGUGAUGCAGAUCGAAACGGGCAAGGCCGGACCUAUGAGCGUUACAACCAGCGAUACGUUAGACAGCAGGAAUUUAUGUGGUGUUCCAAGCUUCCGACUCAUACAACCGGGGGAAUGCAAGACCGGCCAUUUGGGAAACAGGUCUAG